ACGGGAGCCGGCGCGGCCCAGGCGCGGCGGCGGCGUUUCCCGGCGUGCCCCGCGGAGAUUGUACACAAUCAUCAUGGCCGCCGCCGCCGCUGCCGCCGCCGAUGGUGCCGAGGAGCCGGGCAUGGAGGCGGAGGCGCAGCAGCUGCCCCUGGGCUGCGGCGGAGGGGGCGGCUCGCCGGCGGCGGGGAGGUCUCCGGAGGGCGAGGAGCGCCGGGAGCCCCUGCAGGCGUCUGUCAGCAACGGCGGCGACGCGGAGAGCGGCAGGGAGCUGGUGGAGCUGAAGGUGAUCUGGAACAAGAACAAGUACGACGUGAAGUUCUGCCUGGACAGCACGGGGGCCGAGCUGAAGCAGAAGAUCCACUCGCUCACAGGCCUCCCGCCGGCCAUGCAGAAAGUUAUGUUCAAGGGACUUCUGCCAGAGGAGAAAACGUUGCGGGAAAUCAAAGUAACGAACGGAGCGAAAAUAAUGGUUGUGGGCUCCACUAUCAACGAUGUGUUAGCAGUAAAUACACCCAAAGAAGCUGCUCAACAGGAGGUCAAAGCUGAGGAAAACAAAAAGGAGCCACUUUGCAGACAAAAGCAACACAGAAAAGUAUUGGAUAAAGGAAAACCUGACGAUGUGAUGCCUUCUGUCAAAGGUGUGCAGGAGCGCCUGCCGACGGUGCCGCUGUCCGGCAUGUACAACAAGUCAGGGGGGAAAGUCAGAUUGACCUUUAAACUCGAGCAAGACCAGCUGUGGAUUGGUACAAAAGAGAGAACAGAAAAAUUACCCAUGGGGUCCAUUAAAAAUGUGGUGAGUGAACCUAUUGAAGGCCAUGAGGAUUAUCACAUGAUGGCAUUUCAGCUGGGCCCAACAGAAGCAUCUUACUACUGGGUCUAUUGGGUCCCCACUCAGUAUGUCGAUGCAAUCAAAGACACGGUGCUUGGGAAGUGGCAGUAUUUUUGAAAGCACGCUCACCUCUGGCACAGGAAAAUGACACAAAUCUAAGGACACUGCUGGGAGAGGCCUCCAACAUCCCUGGAUGUGACAGUCCUGGAACUUAUUGAUAAAACAUGCUAAACGAGGCACGGAUGGAAGCCAGAGGUGAUGUUCUUUCACCAUUAGUUUACUUUUAACUUAAAAGAUUUCACCAUCCCUUUUCUGCAGUCAGCUUCAACCAUAUUUAAAGCAAAUACAAUGGAAAUCAAUAAAUCUUAAUUCACAAAA